UUUACGUCGUCGCCACCGCCGCCGCCGCCGCCGAUGGGUCGGGAGACACGCUCGCGCUCGCGGUCCCGGGGUCGCGGGGGACGAAGGCGGAGGAGCCGGAGUCGAAGUCGGAGCGGGAGCCAUGGGCGGCGAAGCCGGCGGCGCCGGGAGGACGAGGGGCGGCGCGGGCGGAGGCGGCGGAGCCGGGAGCGCAGGUCAGAUUCAGAGGAACAACGAUGGCAGCGACGGGGACGGAGAAGUCGGAGCCCGCCAUCACAGUGGCACUCACGGGACCAGUCCUCCCAGUCUGACUCAGGGGACGAGCGACAGAGGGGCAGGUGGACCUGCCGCCGGCGGACACGCUCUUGGUCCCCAGGCUCCUCGGCGUCAAGCUCAGCAUCCCCGGACCACUCCCAGAGCCCUCGGGAGGCGGCGGCUGCGACCCUGAAUCAGCAGCAGAACUUGCAGGAGCGGCUGCGGCUGCGGGAGGAGCGGAAGCAGCAGGAGGAGCUGAUGAAGGCCUUUGAGACACCGGAGGAGAAGCGAGCCCGGCGGUUAGCCAAGAAAGAGGCCAAGGAGAGGAAGAAGCGGGAGAAGAUGGGUUGGGGGGAGGAGUACAUGGGGUACACCAACACCGACAACCCCUUUGGCGACAACAACCUCCUCGGCACCUUCAUCUGGAACAAGUCGGGACGUGGCCAGUCACGAGCAGCCCCUGUGCCCUGAGAACCUUCCAUCAAGUGAGGACACAGAGGAGGGAGGAAGGGCUCGGGGUUUCCACGUUGCCCACUGGGGUGUGUGAGUGCAGCAAGCCGUUUCCCCAUCCUUGGAGACCCCAGGCAAGUCUGCUCUCGGAGGCUCCUGUUCGCACUACUCUCCAAGUGUGCUCUCCAAACUCGCUCUCCCAGACCAGGGUGACUGGGCUGCCGAGUAAACCGAGAGGCAGUGGGUGC